AAUCUGUUUUUAACUCUAUUAAACUUAAUUUACCCUUUCACAAGACUAUAAAUUGCAGCAGUUCUUCAAAACCAAACAAAAUCAUAAACCAAAAAAUUCAGUUAAUUUCUUACAAUCAUGCUUCUGAAAUAUCACUGCAAUAUUUUACUUAUCUUAAUCGUUGCAAACUCCAUCUGCGUAAAAGCAUCCGACAUUCGACGCUACAGCUUCGUUGUUAGGGAAGCUUUAUACGAGAGAUUAUGUGAGAGAAAGUGGAUUUUGACAGUGAACGGGAAAUUCCCAGGCCCAAGCCUCAAGGUUCAUGCAGGGGAGACCAUAGUUGUGGACGUUCUGAACAGGGGAAAUUACAAUAUUACCCUCCACUGGCACGGAGUGAAGCAGCCUAGGAAUCCGUGGGCAGACGGCCCCGCAUAUAUCACCCAGUGUCCGAUCCAGCCGGGCAAGCGCUUCAGUGAGAAGAUCAUAUUUUCCAAGGAAGAAGGGACGCUGUGGUGGCACGCCCACAGCGACUGGUCGCGCGCCACGGUCCACGGCCUCAUCAUGGUGUACCCGAGGCCCGGAGGCUCGUACCCAUUCCCGAAGCCCGAUGCAGAGGUUCCCAUCAUUCUAGGUGAGUGGUGGAAAGAGGAUGUGAUGAAGGUGUUGGAGGAGUUUGUUGCUUCGGGAGGCCAGCCAAGGGACUCCGAUGCCUAUACCAUAAAUGGCCAGCCUGGGGAGCUCUACCCUUGCUCCGCGCCUCGUCGCUUCGUCAUGAAAGUUGACCCCGGCAAGACCUACCUCCUGCGCAUAGUCAACGCGGACAUGAACGAGAUCCUCUUCUUCGGGGUGGCGCGCCACCACCUCACCGUCGUCGGCACCGACGGCUGCUACACGGAGCCGCUCACGAGAGGCUACAUCGCCAUCAGCCCCGGCCAGACCAUGGACUGCCUCCUCCGCUCCGACCAACCACCGGCCCGCUACUACAUGGCUGCCUGCCCCUACGUCAACGGCGCCGGAAUCAGCUUCGACAACACCACCGCCACCGCCAUCCUCCGCUACGCGGGAUCAUCCCGCCACACCCCACCCGAAUUCCCCAAACUACCCUCCCCCAACGACACCUCCGCCGCCCUAAACUUCACCUACAGCAUCAAAAGCCUAAUCUCGAAGCUCCACCCAAUCGUAGUCCCUCAAAAGAUCAACAAACGCAUCACCACCACCGUCUCCGUCAACGUCUUCCCAUGCGAGGCCUGCGCCGGCCCCAACGGGACCCGCCUGGCCGCCGCCAUGAACAACAUCAGCUUCUCGGCCCCGCCGGUUGACAUCCUCGAGGCAUACUAUUACCAAAUCCCGGGCAUUUUUAGCAAGAAAUUCCCGGAAUCUCCACCAUUGGUGUUCAAUUAUACAGCCGAUUUCAUCCCCUUGGAGCUGGAAAUCCCUAAAAAGGGCACUAAAGUGGCAAUGCUGAGGUACAACUCCAACAUCGAGGUAGUUUUCCAAGGUACAAACCAAGUGGGUGAGCUGGAUCACCCCAUGCAUCUGCAUGGAUUCAGUUUCUUCGUUGUUGGUUGGGGAUUUGGCAACUUUGAUCCCAACAAAGAUCCCUUGAGCUAUAAUCUCGUCGACCCGCAGAAGCGUAACACCGUCAUCGUCCCCAGAAAUGGGUGGACGGCCAUCAGGUUCACUGCCGACAAUCCAGGGGUGUGGUUCUUGCAUUGCCAUUUCGAGCGGCACCUGACGUGGGGGAUGGAGACGGUGUUCAUCGUGAGGAGCGGAAGAGGGCCGGCUGCGCGUGUGCUCCCACCGCCGCCAGAUAUGCCGCCGUGUUGAUCUGCUAGCUAGCUUGAUUAUUGAAUUGUUUGAUACUUUGAUUAAUUUGAUUUGAAUAUGUUGGACUUAGAUCAUAUCACAGUAUACCUAUGAAAAAAAUUAAACACUUUAUAAUUUUUGCCAAUUCAAAAUAGACUUGAUCAGUUAUAUGUGGGGGUUUGCACCUACUAUUUUUUCUAUAAAUAAAAAUAAAAUAAUGGCUUGCA